AAGCCAAUGAACUUUUUUCAAAAAUCAGGAUAUCUCACGGAAAUGCACAGCUUAACACAAGAAUUUGUGGAGUAUUAAUUGAAUGCAUUAAUUUAGCUGAAUUCAAUUUGAAAAAUCUUCAAGCUAUAAAAAGAAAUCAUGCUGCUUUCGCAACACUAGACAAUUAUAAACUCUUUCAGAGAUUUCUCCAAAACAUUAGGAAAAUCAAUAGCUUUAUUAAAAAUAUUUCUAAUCUUAGAGGAUUAAAUAAUUACAUUCGAGAGUCUGAUUCUGGAUUCUCAUUAGGGCUAAUAAAAGUUGAAUUUGAACAAUUAUUUGAACAAUUUAAUAAAUCAAUGUCAUCUAUCAAAUUUAAAACUUAUACCGAUGAACAAGUUAACAGUUCACUUAAUGAUGAUAUCGAAGAAACAACAAAGCUUAUUUAUGCUCUUCAACGCAACUUCAAGGGUGAUUAUGGUGUUAUGUUUAAAGCUAUUGAAAGAACAAGUACACGACUUGCCACUAAAUCGACAUUCUCUAUUGAUGAGCUUCUUGGCUAUUCGAUUCAAAAAGAAGACGGUAUUGAUACUAAAAAUCUCGACUAUAAUGAAUAUCAGAUGGACUUAGUGUGUGUGUAUGCAGCUCUUUUAAAAAAUCUAGGAGAUUUUGUAAAUGUAAAUAUCAUUAAGUUUUAUGGAAUAUCACAAAAUGAAUCAUCCUCUGGUUCAAUGUAUUUAAUUACAGAAAAAGCAGAGCAUGGAAACUUAAAAGAAUAUUAUGCAAAAUACAAACCUUUGGAUCUUUCAGUCAAAUUAAAAUUCGCACUAGACAUAUGUACCGGAUUAGUCUUUUUAAACGCUGUGAAUGUUUUACAUCGAGAUAUUAGAUCUGAAAAUAUUCUAAUUACAAGUGGCCUUAAUGCUAAGAUUGCAAAUUUUACUCAUAGCCGAUUAAAUUCAGGCAAUUCAAGUAAUCUUGGAGUUGAUAGAGCUAGAAUUAAAAGUAUGGCACCAGAAAUAGUAGAACGCAAACAUUCCUCAUUAUGCAAGACUUUAUUUGAUAUAGUAAAUAAUCCAGGCAAUACUCCAGCGUUAUAUGUGAAUACUCCAGUAUUAUGUGUAAAAUCUUCCAAAGGAACCUUUUCUCAACAUAGCUUUUUAUCUAUAGAAGAUGCAGCAAAAGAAGCAAGAAAAAAGGGUGGAAAUAAGCAGAAAGCACUAGAAUAUAUUGAUGAAUUUUCUGAAAUGGGUGAUUUUAAAGCAAUUUAUUAUAAAGCCUGUUUUAUGCAACAAAAGUUUUAUGGCAAGCAUAAAUUAUCUAAAUAUAAGAAACUUCAAAAAGAAGUUGCUCAUCUUUUUGAGCUUGCGUCAGAUGCAAAUAUUACGGAUGCACAUACAAAAUACGGAGAUUGUCUCUUUAAUGGUUAUGGGGUCCCAAAAAACCAAGCACGUGCCAUAGAACUUUAUAGAAAGGCUGCUAAUGAUGGUAUUGGCAACGUAAAGUUUUAUGCACAAUUUCGUUUAGGUUCUAUAUAUUAUGAAGGUUUGGCAGGGAAAGAAGACAAAGAAGAAGGUACAUAUUAUUUAAAGCUUGCUGCUUGGGGAAAUUAUAAAAAGGCCAUUGAUUUCUGCAAAAAAUAUAAAAUUAAUUACCAAUUAACAUAG